CCGUGACGCGAGGGCCCAGACGGAAGUGCGGGCGGAGGAGCCCGAGCCCGAGCCGGAGCCCGGCCGGGAGCUGGUCUCGGGGGCUCCGGCUGUGGCGACUGCUGGGCCUGGCCGCGAUGGCGACCCUGUGGGCCGGCCUCCUUCGUCUCGCCUCCAUGCUCAGCCUGUCCUGCCUGGCGCUCUCGGUGCUGCUGCUGGUGCAGCUGUCAGACGCCGCCAAGAAUUCUGAGGAUGUCCGAUGUAAAUGUAUCUGUCCUCCCUAUAAAGAUAAUUCUGGGCAUAUUUAUAAUAAGAACAUAUCCCAAAAAGACUGUGAUUGCCUUCAUGUUGUGGAUCCCAUGCCUGUGCGGGGGCCUGACGUAGAAGCAUACUGUCUUCGCUGUGAAUGCAAAUAUGAAGAAAGAAGUUCUGUUACGAUCAAGGUUACCAUUAUAAUUUAUCUCUCCAUUUUGGGCCUUCUACUUCUGUACAUGGUAUAUCUUACUCUGGUUGAGCCCAUACUGAAGAGACGCCUGUUUGGACACUCACAGUUGAUUCAGAGCGAUGAUGAUGUUGGGGAUCACCAGCCUUUUGCAAAUGCCCAUGAUGUGCUGGCCCGCUCCCGCAGUCGAGCCAACGUGCUGAAUAAGGUUGAGUAUGCCCAGCAGCGUUGGAAACUUCAAGUUCAAGAGCAGAGAAAAUCUGUCUUUGACCGUCAUGUUGUCCUCAGCUAAUUGGGAAUUGAAUUCACGGUGACUAGAAAGAAAUGAGGCAGACAAUGGGAAAAAGAUUGACUGAGUUUUCCUGGGUUUUGUUUUAAUGCCCUGUUGAUUUCGCCAACUCUUUCUGGAAAAUUCAAAACUGGAAACAAAAACACGCUUGUUGUUUUGUUUUUUCAUUAACGUAUUAAUCAAGGCAUUUUUUUAAAAGCACACACCUCAAACAGUGUCAGCCAAUAAAUCUUUUCCUAUUUGUGACUUUUACUAAUAAACAUAUGUCUGCCUGUAAAUUAUCUUGAAGUCCUUUACCUGGAAAAAGCACUCUCUUUUUUUACCACACAGUUUUGACUUGGUUUUCAAGAUAAUUUUCAGGUAAGGUUUUUGUGUGGUAUUUUUUGUUUUUGGCAGAGGAGGGGAGGGAUGUGUGGGAAGUGCUUAACAUAACUUUUCUCAAGUCACCUUACUAAACAAACUUUUGGAGAUAGACUUUGCCUUUUAUUUUCAAGAUUCAUUUAUAUUUUGCAGUAUGCCAGCCUCAUCUGGGAGUUGGUGAUGGACAGGGAGGCCUGGUAUGCUGCGGUCCAUGGGCUCGCAAAGAGUCGGACACGACUGAGUGACUGAACUGAACUGAGCCUCAUCAAAGCCCCAACUUACCUAUUUGAAUUUUUGCACUGACUGUAUUAUCUAGACAUCUGGUUGGCCUGUGGCCGCACUUUAUGGUAAAUUAGAUCUGAAAAUGCACGGUGGCCCUUCACAAAAAGCAGAUUUUCUUUAGGUACUGUGAUGUCUGAUGCAAUGCGUCCUAGAACAAACUGGCUGCUGGCUAGUUUAAUGACUGAACAUAGUCUUGGUGUGUGGUCUUUCUCAUCUUCUAGUAUCUUUAAGGAUGAAUCCUAAGGACUUGGACACUUGCAAUAAAGAAAGUUUCUUUUAAACCCAAGCCUCCCUGGAUGGAUGACAUACACAUGUUUGUCAGCACCUCCAGUCAGGUUGAGAGGCAGCUGUUUGGAUUCUGGUGUGUGCAGCUUUGAACUAGGACUGGAGUUCUGGUUGCCUCCCUCUGAAAGGUGUAGCAGUUAUUGGAUAACUGGCUUUCUUCUUCCUAUGUCCUCUUUGAAAUGUAACAAUAAAAGUAAUUUUUGAAACAUC